GCGCACAAUUCAGAUAUGAAGAAGAGAAGCAGCUGACGAUGAAAACGUUAACAGAUUAACUCGAUAAUAACGACAAAAUGCAUGAAUUGUAGAUCAGCAUGCCAAAUACAGGUUAAUUAAAAUAUGUCGGACUCAGGUAAUAGUGCCUCUGACAACAAUGGGGAAAAUGAGGAACCCCAACAGCUGCCGGAUGUUGUUGGAGUUGUGCCCUCCUCUUUUGAAGUUUCUGUUCAGGAAGUAAACAAUCAAGAUGUGCAAGAUGAAUCGGAAAACAGAGAUUGCUUAACAGACAACGACAAGUCAGAAGAAUCAACACCAUGUCAAUUCAAACGAAAUGUAACAUUCCCUGAAGAUUCCCUAGUAAAAGGAUACUUAGAUCCUCCAGAUCCAUGGAGAAAUGCUGCCAAAUGGACAACAAAUGAUCUCAUAGCUGCAUAUAAAAGAGGUUGUGAAAGUCAUGGAGUUAAACCCCUCAAUAAAGUUUUGCAGCAGCUUCAGGGUAUUGAGUUUACUGAUGGUAGGUUUGAAAUUCUGAGUUUACGAGGAGAGCGGCUAGAUAUGAAACAAGUAGAGAGUCUCGAGUCCAUCCUUAAAAUGCUGCAGUUUCGCUGUUUGGAUUUAGAAGCUACACAUCUUGAUGAUGAGACAGCAGUGGCAUUAUUUGAUAUGGUGGAGUAUUAUGAAAGUGCAUGUAAGGUCAAUAUUGCAUUCAAUAAGAACAUUUCAGCAAGAGGAUGGCAGGCCUGUGCUCGUAUGAUUAGAAAGACACCUUGCCUAACAUUUCUUGAUGCCAGGAAUUGUGAGUUGAAUGAGAGAGUUGUUCCAAUUUUGGGCCGGUCCCUGAGAAUGGGAUGUUUUGUGACAACUCUUCAUUUAGAGAACACUUUUAUUUCGGGACGUUCUAUGGUUAUUUUAGUGGCAGCACUAAAGAUGAAUGAGAUCCUAACUGAGCUCUUUCUGGCAGAUAACAAGCUCAUGCCGACUGAUGGCAUACAACUGGGAAACCUCCUCAAAUACAAUCAUAAACUCCAACUUCUAGAUGUCCGAAAUAACAGUCUACAGGACAUAGGUGUGGGUCAUAUUUGUGAUGGACUAUAUGAACAGACUUUAGAUACUGGACUACUGACCCUUGUCCUGUGGAGUAACCAGCUCACUUAUCAGAGCAUGUCAGCAAUGUCUAAAGCAUUAGGUAGUACACAUAAUUUAGAGACUUUGAACCUUGGACACAACAACAUAACAAACGAGGGGAUUCAUCUGCUGAAGGAGGGUCUACUGGUCAGUAAAUCUCUACUAAGACUAGGCCUUCAGGGAACAAAGAUCUCUUGUGAGGGGGCUGUAGCUUUGGCAGAGGUUGUUGCAGAUAGUCCCCGUCUACUUCGCUUAGAUUUGAGGGAAAAUGAUAUCAAAACAGCAGGACUGAUGGCUUUAUCUUUAUCCCUUAAGGUCAACCAAACUGUGACGAGGGUUGACCUGGACAGAGAGACAAAAAAGGAAGCGGGAGUGAAAGACUACAUAGAACAACAGAGAAGACUUCAAAAUGACAUAUAUACAUUCACUGAAAGAAAUAAAGAGGUGCAACGUAAGACAGAGGCGGAAAAACGAAAGAUUCAGAAGGAGCAAGAAAAGAAGGAUUCUGAGAAAGAAUUAGUGGGACUGGGAGAUGAUACAUUAUCACUGCUAAAACAAGGUUCUACAGUUAGAAGACCUUCUCUGUUAGUGAUAGAGACAGCAGCAGAAGCUAUGUUAGACUCUCCUGUGUCUAAAGAUGUGUUCAUAGCACCUGAUAUAAAUCCUAUUUUGACAAGCACACCCCCAGGGGAAUUACUUCUAAGUCCCCAGUACACAACAGCUGUCAAAGCCAAAAAAAUAUUUACUGUGUCAAAAGUAAACAUUCAGUCCCUUCUCUCACCUACUGGGCCAAUUCCUACAAGUACAUGUAUACCAAUCCUGUCUCCUAGUUCUCUUCUGUCAGCGAGCUCUGCAUUGUCUCAGGUAGACUCCAAUCCAACAAAGAUUACGCCAUCAACUCUACAAGCUAUUCUAGCGAAUCCAAUACUCUGUGCACCUCUAGAAAGUGUGCCAAUACAACCAGAAUCUUCAAGCAAUGAUUUACAAAUACAUGUAAAACCUGAGGAAACUGUCAGUGAUUUUGUCAGAGAUAUAUUGGUAGAUUUAGUGGAUAGUGCAGCUGCACAGUGUGAUCAGUGCCAACAAAACCGUGGAGAAGGUCUAGCUUCCAAUGUCCACACUCAUACAGACACAAGCAAUAACAGCAAAAACACAGAAGACACAAAUGUCAGCAUCCCAAAACCUAUAAGAGACCUGAAAGUGGAUAAAGAUUCGGGAUUUGGGAGUUAUGAAAAUGAGCAAUGGACUCGGAUCGAAUCCUCAGAACUUCCCCCUUCCGUCAUGAAUGGCCAUGCAACUUUAAGUAAAGCAGUGGAAAAUCCAAAUUUCCAGUCUUCUCUUACAAUGAAUGGACUGACUGAGGAGUUGGCAAGUGUUCUAGAGAGCAUUGAAAGCAAAUCAGAAUCAGAUUCAGUCACCCCUCCUGAUGACUUUGAGCGAGAGCUAGAUGCUAUGUUAGCAGAAGUUCAGUGUGGAAAUAACAUUCCUUUUCCUUCAGAUGCUCAGAGACAUCCAACUGUUCAGGAAGUAGCAAUAGAUCCGUCUUAUGGAUGGGAAUAUGCUGGAAAACUACACGAAAUCCGGAAUUACCGCUAUUGUUCAUAUCAUUUUGACAUUUACAUACAUCUGCUUAUUUCCAGUGUGAAAUCUAAUAUUUUAUUGGUUAAAAAGUAUACUACAAGAAUGCCACUUUUAGAGGGAUUGAGUUACAGCAGCGACAAAAAUGUUAUCGUAUUUGAAAUAGGAGCUGCAUAUACACGAUGUGGAUUAGCUGGUGAAACAGGCCCUCGGUGUAUUGUACCAAGCCAUGUAAAAAAUAAAACAACAGGAAAGGUUGAACAAUUAUGGGAAUUUGAAACUACAGACCAACUGUAUGAAAAUUUAAAAGACUUCUUAUUUAAUUUGUAUUUUAGACAUUUGCUUGUUAAUGCUAAAGACAGACGAGUUGUGAUUUGUGAAUCUAUACUGUGCCCUUCAGCGUUUCGAGAAACUCUUGCCAAAGUUCUUUUUAAACACUUUGAGGUUUCUUCAGUACUGUUUGCUGUUGGACAAGUGAACUGUUUGUUAGGACUGGGAACCAAUACAGGACUGGUGGUCGAUGUCGGUUACAAUGAGACCAUUGUUCUACCAGUGUAUGAAGGAAUACCAGUAAUUAAAGCCCUACAGAAUGUACCUUUAGGAGGAAAAUUGAUUCACAAGAGGAUAGAGACUCAGCUGAAAGACUCAGGAAUAGUGACCACAGGAAGUGAAGAGAAACCUUUAUCAACUUUACCAGAUUGCAUAAAUGAAGACAUACUGGAAGACAUCAAAGUGAGAUGCUGUUUCGUAACCAAUUUACAACGAGCCAGUCAAAUACACAAAGUCAUCCAGUAUGGAGAAGACAAAUCCAAGCUCCCUUCACCACCCCCAGGUGUGAAAUAUCCUAUAGAUGGUGAUCAUCUACUGCUGGUGAAUGGGGUCAUCAGGGAGCAUAGUUGUGAGGUGUUAUUUGAGCAGGACAAUGAGCAUCAGUCCAUAUCUACCAUCAUACUGGAUGCUAUUAUUAAUUCUCCCAUUGAUAUGAGAAGGGACCUGGCAGAGAACAUUGUAAUUAUUGGAGGGACCCCAAUGUUACCAGGCUUCCAUCAUCGACUGUGUGUAGAACUCUACCACCUUCUGAAAAACAACAAAUAUCAGAACGAGCUGUCUAUCAAGUUAUUCAAGUUCCAUAAACUCCCAACAAAAGAGAACUGUGCCAGCUGGUUAGGAGGAGCCCUGUUAGGAGCACUGGAGACCCUCCCUAGCAAGUCAAUAACCAGAGAUGUCUAUCUACAGACAGGGAGACUUCCAGAUUGGUGCUGUAUAUCCGAGGAGACUGAGGAACAGGAAAAAAUGGGAGCAAGGAGCUAAUAAGGAUAUAGCAGGGAGGAUCAGAGAAAUCAAGGAGGAAUCAGUGAGUGUGUUGUCUGCAGUCUGGUUGAGGGCUACACAGUGCUAAAAAACAAAUCUAUGUGCAAUAAUUUAACUUUACCUGUAUAUUAUGUACAAUUUAUUGGUUGUAAUAAAUAGAUAAGACUUUA